AUGGCUCAAUACUUGAAAAAGCCCUUCAAAGACAGUUUGAGUGCUAUAAAGGAACGAAUGAAAGAAAAAAGAAAUCAGAAAUGGAUAAGGCUGGGUAAAACUAGCCAGAUCUCCACUGUUCAGUGCAAAAGAGCAGCCAAGAGCUCAAUGCAAAUGAAGAGCAUCCAGGCAAACAACAGAGCUCUAGCUCAGGCUUUACAAGAAGAAAAGCUCAAACUGAAAGAUGCCCAGGAUACCAUUCUUCAGUUAAGGAAAGAUUAUCACAAUCUGAAGGUUCAGAUGCUUGACAUGAAAAGAAAUGUUGGUUUCAAGCAAGCACAAGAACACGUCGAGAGUAGACUCUCAGCUUUGAAUGAGAUUAUGUCAAAAGUUCAUCAGAAUCUACUGAACUCAAUUGAUCUCCUUGGCCCAGCAAAGAAUUUGUGUUCCACAAGUGUGCUUUCUUCAGUUCUUGAAAACAGUUCCAGUGUCACAGGACAAAUACAUUUGGUAGGACCUCUACAAGGUGCUGAUGGACAUGAUCAAGUACACCCAAGUGGGAUGGAGGCUGAGUGUGACAGAAAUGAACUUGUUCAUUCUAUGUCAGAGACCUGUGAGGAAUCUGACAAUGCCAUUUACUUAAUGAAAACAGUUCCAGACAAAGGGCAAACCUCUGAUUCUCAUCUGAGCAGCCUGAGGUCAGAGCUGAAAACUGAUUCUUUAAUUGGAGAGAAUGGAUUUGGUAACAUGGUACCAAAAGAUGUGUCCACCAGGCGUCACCAGUCAAAGAUGAGGAACUGUGAUGUACUUUGCAGUGGUUUCUUGGACUGCUUAGAAGCUCCUGAUUCAACAAGACAGCUUUCUGAAAACGAUGAAAUUAGACUUGAGGAAAGUCUACAGAAGUGUACUGUAGAAAACAUAAAUUCAGGUAUUUCUCCAUUGAAUGGAAACAAAGUACGUUUAGAGGUGGUUUUGAGAAAGAUAGAUUGUGAAACUGCACAGUUCAGCUUGGACAGUAAUUCUGCUCUUAAACAACAUGCGUGUAAAAGCAGAGAACACUCUCAAGCAAGCAAAAAGAAGCAUCAGAAGGGAAAACUGGAAUGGCCUAAAAAAAAUUCCAAACAAAGACCAAAAAAAGGACAGGAUAAAGAGGCUUCCAAAGAAAAGAUGGAUUUCUUGGGUGGCUCCAGCGAUGCUUAUGACUUUAACUUUGAAGAGUCUGUCCAUCUUACACCUUUUCGACAAAAGAAGGUGAAUGACACAGAUACUGCUUUGCAUGACAAAGAAGACUUAACUGAAACUGAUACCACUGAGUCAAGUGAUACUAAAGAAGAUUCAGAUGAUAGCCUUUAUGAACCUUAUAAGAGUAAAUCAAAGAAAAGGAGAAGUUCAGUGGACAAUGGAGUUGCAUCACCAGUCCAUGCAAGGCCGAGGUCUAAAAGAUGUUUGGCACAGCGUGAGCUGAAACUCCAUGAUGAAAAAGAGACUGAAAGCAAUACAUCAAGUGACAAUUCCAUUAGGCAGCCUUCUGAGCCAUCUCGUGGUCACCUUUGUGAUGUUACCAAUACCACUUCCUUGCUUGCCAGCACCAGGAACGCAUCUGUUGUCCCAGAAGCUGAGCAACCACCAUCUCCAAAACGCAAGCGAAGCUGUACUAUCACUGUGAGCUAUAAGGAACCAAGUAUUUCAGGGAAACUCAGGAGAGGAGAUCCAUUUACAGAUACAAAUUUUCUGAAUUCUCCAAUUUACAAGCAGAAGAAAGAUGCUAAACGCCGUUCUAUUCAGAAAGAAGUUCUUUCAAAAUAUAAUGAGAAGUUUGUUGGUUGCCGUUAA